GUUACAGACCACUUAACUUCAAAGCUCUCCUGGUAAGAGACCCGGCCUGUUGAUAUUCAUUCGCUCUCUUUGAGUGAACUCUGAAAGUCUGCCGAUUUCAUCCUUCAGCAAUGGACAGUGCAAAAAUCCAACAACUCAAGGAACGAGCCGCUAAAGCUGAAGUUGAGAUUACUUUACUGAUGCAACAACUGACUAUGCUCAAAUCUGGGGGUGUUGUACAACAUGAUCCAGAAGAUGCCAGUGAAGUUGAGAAACUAGUAGCGGAAAAUGGCAAGUUGAAUUACCGAAUUAACAUCAUGAAAAGGGCAUUGGAAGACAACAGCAGUCCUCAAAAUGUGAAAAAGACUGCUUCCAAGUCAGAUCCAAAUGGAAUGGUAAACAUCCUGGGAAAACUGGAAGAAUUGUUUGACUCGGCUAUCAAGAAGGCUUUCCCUGACGUCAAAGAUUUCCAAGUAGUAGUGGUUUCCACAACCCCGAAUUUUGGAGAUUACCAAUUCAACGGAGCCAUGUCACUGUCCAAACUGCUGAAGACUAUGGGUAAAUCACUCAACCCUCGUGAAGUGGCUGCAGCCGUCCAGAAAUGUGUGCCACCCAACGAGGUCAUUGAAACACUUGAUCUUGCUGGGCCUGGAUUCAUCAACAUCAAGUUAAAAGCAUCAUUUGUCCAAGAACAACUCAGUUUGUUGGUCACUCGUGGAAUAAGGCCUCCAUGUGGGGUGGAAAAGAAGAAAGUGAUGGUUGAUUUUUCGUCGCCCAAUAUUGCCAAAGAGAUGCACGUUGGUCAUCUACGAUCCACCAUUAUUGGUGACAGCAUUUGCAGGUUACUCGAAUUUCUCGGUCACGACGUUCUUCGUAUAAAUCACGUUGGAGAUUGGGGAACCCAGUUUGGCAUGUUACUCGCCCACCUCGAGGAUCGUUUCCCUAAUUUCGCCGAAGAGACUCCACCCAUUGGAGAUUUGCAAUCCUUUUACAAAGAAUCGAAAAUUCGUUUCGACAGUGACGCCGAUUUCAAAAAGCGUGCUUACGCUUGCGUGGUCAAAUUGCAAUCUCACGAUCCAGUUUACAUCAAAGGAUGGCAAGCCAUUUGUGACGUCUCACGACGAGAGUUCCAAAAGAUUUACGAUCGAUUGGAUAUCAAAAUCAAAGAGAGAGGUGAAUCCUUCUACCAGGAUUUGAUGAAGAAAACUGUAAUGUUGUUGGAAGAGGCUGGAGUUUUGAAAGAAGAUGAAGGUCGAAAAGUGAUGUUUGCUCCUGGUAUUGCCGUUCCUUUAACGAUAGUUAAAUCGGACGGUGGUUACACCUACGACACGUCAGACAUGGCUGCAAUUCGUCAACGAGUUCACGACGAAUUAGCCGAUUGGGUCGUCUACGUUGUUGAUUUGGGUCAAUCUGGGCAUUUUGAAACAAUUUUCGCCUGCGCUGAAUUCGCCGGUUGGCUCGAUCGCAAGAAAACGCGUGUCGAACAUGUUGGAUUCGGUGUGGUUUUGGGCGAGGACCGUAAAAAGUUCAAAUCGCGUUCAAGUGAAACUGUUCGUCUGGUUGAUUUGCUGGACGAAGGACUCAGACGAGCCAAGGAGAAAUUGGUUGAAAAGGAGCGAGACAAAGUGCUGACACCGGAAGAAUUAGAAAGUGCCCAAAAGGCCGUUGCAUACGGCUGCAUCAAAUAUUCCGACCUUGCCCAUAACCGGAAUGGAGAUUACGUCUUUUCUUUUGACAAGAUGUUGGAGGACAAAGGCAACACGGCCGUGUAUCUCCUUUACGCCUACACCCGGAUUAGAAGUAUCGCCCGCACUGCCAACGUGACGGAUGAGCAGAUAAAAAAAGCAGCUGCCGACGGAAUUCCGCUGAGCCACGAAAAGGAAAUGAAACUGGCCAAAUUGUUGCUGCGGUUCCCGGAGACGAUUGUCCGUUUGACAUUUGAUUUGUGCCUUCAUCCGCUCUGUGAAUUCCUUUACGAAGUAAGCACUACCUUCACGGAAUUCUAUGACGUUUGUUAUUGUGUGGAGAAAGACCGAACCACCGGUCAGAUCGUCCACAUCAACAUGGACCGAAUGGCUCUGUGUGAAGCCACCGCAAAUGUCAUGGCCCAGUGUUUCUCUCUCCUGGGCUUGAAACCCAUCCAGAAAAUGUAAAACUCAAAUCAAUACAUCGGGUGGAAUGUUUAAAUUUAAA